GCCAAGUGGCAUGUUCUCCCUAAAAUCAGCUUGCCACAGCCAUAGCUUCCUUGUGGUCUCACAACUUUUCUGUAAGCACGAGAGAUGCCGUUGUAUGACCGUUCAGCAGGCGAAAGUGAUGCAAUCAUGCUAGAGUUCGAUAGAAGAAGAUCGUCAUUGUUGUGCCAAAGAAGCUGAAAUAUAUAGAGAACAGUUUCUUCAUCGAGGAUACGAGGGAGUUAUGUACAGCUCAGGAAGCACAUUUCUGUUACUAUGUGUGAUGUUUCAAGCUGCAGCAGCUUGUUCAGGCGGGCAGUGCGAGCUCGGCGAUCGAUGUUCGUCUUCAGCCGACUGCGGUAAUGAACUGUACUGCUACAACUGCUGGGUCGAGUUUGCGGGCAAAAGGUGUGUCAGGAAGACGGUGUCCGAUCCAUUCAAGAUAGUUGAUACAUCAUUGCCGUUCAACAAGUAUGCAUUUCUGACGACGCACAACUCGUUCUCCAUCCACGGAGAGCCGUCCCACACCGGAGUCCCACGGAUCACGCUCUACAACCAAGAGGAUUCAGUCACCGAUCAACUGAAUAACGGGGUUCGGGCGCUGAUGCUGGACGUGUACGACUUCCGCGACGAGGUCUGGCUGUGCCACUCCAAGGGAGGGAAAUGCUUCGACUUCACAGCGUUCGAGCCAGCCGUGGACACCAUGAGGGAGAUCGAGGCGUUCCUGUCGUCCCACCCGUCGGCGAUCGUGACGCUGAUCCUGGAGGACUACGUCGGCGCCGACCACGGCCUGUCCAAGCUGUUCAACAGCACCGGCCUGACCAAAUACUGGUUCCCCGUGUCGAACAUGCCGCGGCGCGGCGAGGACUGGCCUCGCGUCAGGGACAUGAUCGAGCGCAACCACCGUCUCCUCGUCUUCACCUCCGACGAGUCCAAGGAGUCGACCGAGGGGAUCGCGUACCAGUGGAACUUCAUGGUGGAGAACCAGUAUGGGGAUGGCGGCAUGAGCUCCCGUUCGUGCCAUAGCCGGUCCGAGUCCCUGGCCCUGGGCAACAGGACGCGGUCGUUGGUCCUGGUGAACUACUUCCACACGGUGCCGCUGGGUGUGACGGAGUGCGCGGAGCACUCGCUGGGGCUCGCGGACGUGCUCAGGGCGUGCCACGCCGCCGCCGGCAACCGCUGGGCAAACUUCCUGGCCGUCGAUUACUACAAGAGAAGCGACGGCGGGGGAGUGUUCGAGGCCACGGACAUGCUCAACGGGAUGCUCAUCUGCGGCCGCGACGACGUGCGCGCCUGCAGGAGACGAACUCUGAAGGACGCGUUGCAGGGCCUGCUUGGCAAGCUCGGGUUGAUGCCAGGUCGUCGUGGUGCGAGGAGGACGUGAAAAUGUCUGUCAGGGUUCCGUUCGUUCCAGUCUGGUUAACGGUCCGCUGCAUCAGUUGUUUGUAGUCCACUCGUGUCUCACGUGCGGAAUUGUGUAACUGGUUGGAUCGGACUGCCAGAGCACCUGCCGGUGGACGCCGCUCGGUACAGCAACUCUACGGCUUUUGUUUGAGUGUUCUUCCCCUCUCCAAACAAGGGGUCCUCUGAAUUCGACAUCUACAUGUGAAGAGCGAGAGCAAUAGAGUAGCCGAUGCACUUGCUAGACUA